AUGUCCCGUGCCGAAGUCAACCGCUUCGUGUGCAAGCUUACUCUUGUCAAGUACGGUCUGCUGAAGGAGUGCUACGACGUCGAUGAAAUUACCCUCUCCACCUCCGACUCGAAAGCAAAGCCUGCCAAGGACGACUCCGACGAUGAGCAGGAUGAGGACACCAAAGGCAUCAUUGCUCGCAGAAAUGCAUUUGUCAAGAACGCCCUCAAGCAAGCCGGCUUCAGCAAGAAGCGCAACGACUGGGCCGACACCAAAAUCGAAGCCGUCGCAAACGAAAGACGUGCCAUCGUCAAGGAAUUCCUCUAUUCCAUCACAAAGAGCAAGAAGUGCAGCAACUGCAACGGUAUCUCGCCCACCUACAGAAAGGAUCGUUUUGUCAAGAUUUUCAGAAAGCCCUUGUCUGAGAAGGACAGAAUCGCCAUGGUUCAGGCAGGCUUCAAAGCUCAAGACCCUCUUCUCCUGAUGAAGAAGAAGCGCGAGGCUCAAGCUAAGAAGCAAGGUCUUGCUCAAGACGAGGCUGUUGCAGAUCUCGAGGACUCACCUGCAGAGUCAGAAGGAGAAGGAGAAGAUAUUUCGAUGCUCGACAUUGAGCAGGAGGUUGCAGGAGGAAACGCUCUGGAGUCUGAGACUGCGAUCGCUAGCUCCAAAUCUGACAAAGAAGAGAAGCAAAGCUACUUGAACGCGGGUCAAGUACAUGCUCACCUUGUUCAACUGUUCGAACAAGACGCCGAAGUUCUGGGCAUGAUCUACACUCCUCGUUCUAAGGGUCGCAGAGGCGCUCCUCUUAGUGCCGAGAUGUUCUUCAUUAAGGACUUGAUCGUUCCUCCUAAUAGAUUCCGACCUGAAGCCAGAACCGGUGCCGAUGAGAUCGCCGAAGCCCAGGAGAACUCACUCUACAAGAACAUCAUCAACGUUUGCGAUCAGAUGACUCAGAUUCACAAGGAGCUCAACGGUACGAUACAGAACGAAUACACAAGACGCCCAAGGAACUACGCCGACUUCCAGGAUGCCUGGAUUCGUCUUCAGGAUGGCGUCAACUCUCUUCUGGAUCGCGAUCGCAAUCCCGUGCAAGGCGGUGCUGGAAAGAGAAAUGAGGAUGGUAUCAAGCAGCGUCUUGAGAAGAAGGAGGGUCUGUUCAGAAAGAACAUGAUGGGAAAGCGCGUCAACUUUGCUGCCCGUACCGUCAUCUCACCCGAUCCCAAUAUCGAAACCAACGAGAUUGGUGUCCCGCCAGUGUUUGCUCUCAAGCUGACAUAUCCCGAGCCUGUUAACGAUCACAACUACAACGAUCUCAGACAAGCUGUCAUCAACGGUCCCUACGUCUGGCCCGGUGCUGUCGCCAUUGAGAACGAGAAUGGUCAGGUCAUCAACUUGCAGAUCAAGAAUGCCGAAGAGCGUACUGCUCUUGCCAACCAGCUUCAGGCUCCCUCAAGCACCAAUGUCAGUGGUGUCAAGACCAAGAAGGUUCACCGCCAUCUGAACAAUGGUGAUAUUGUCAUCAUGAACAGACAGCCCACCCUUCACAAGCCUUCGAUGAUGUGUCACAGAGCCCGCGUUUUGCCUGGCGAGAAGACCCUGCGUAUGCACUACGCCAACUGUAACACCUACAACGCCGAUUUCGAUGGUGACGAGAUGAACUUGCAUUUCCCUCAAAACGAGCUUGCCAGAUCAGAAGCCAUCAGCAUCGCUGACAACGACCACCAAUAUCUCUCUGGAACCGCCGGCAAGCCUCUCCGUGGUCUGAUUCAGGAUCACAUUUCGAUGGGUGUGUGGCUGACCAACCGCGACACUUUCUUCGGCCGUGAAGAUUAUCACCAGCUGCUCUAUGCUGGUCUGAGACCCGAGAACAACCACACCACUUCGGGACGCGUCGAAACUGUGCCACCUGCCAUCAGAAAGCCUCGUCCGCUCUGGACUGGUAAGCAGGUAGUUUCAUCCGUUCUGAAGAACCUGACCCCAGAGGACUUCCCUGGUCUUACCAUGACUUCCAAGUCUUCCACUGCUGCUAAUCAAUGGGGCACCAACUCAGAAGAGCAGAUCGUCAUCUUCAAGGAUGGUGAGCUGCUUUGUGGUAUCUUGGACAAAGCACAGAUUGGUCCCAGCGGUGGUGGUGUUGUGAAUGCCAUCUAUGAAACCUACGGACACACCAUUGCUGGAAAGCUUAUGAGUGUGCUUGGUCGUCUCUUGACAAAGAUGCUUCACAUGCGCGCAUUCUCUUGUGGUGUCGAAGAUCUGAUCUUCACUCCCGAGGGUGAGAGCAUGAGAAGAGAAGCACUUGGCAAGUCACACGCCACUGGUCUCGGAGUGGCCGCCAAAUAUGUUUCUCUGCAGACUGAAAAGCCCGACACCAACGAUCCUGAACUGCGCAGACGUCUGGAACAAGUCCUUCGCGACGACAGCAAGCAAGCUGGUCUCGAUGCUGUAAUGAGUGCAGCGAACGGUAAAGUGUCUGGUGAUGUGACAACCACUUGCUUGCCUGUGGCGUUGGUCAAACCUUUCCCCAAGAAUCAAAUGCAAGCCAUGACUGGUUCCGGUGCCAAGGGUUCCGGUGUCAACGCCAACCAGAUUUCUUGUAACCUUGGUCAACAGGUUCUGGAAGGUCGCAGAGUUCCUGUCAUGGUCAGUGGUAAGACUUUGCCUUGCUUCAAGCCCUUCGAGACGAGUGUCAGAGCAGGUGGUUACAUUGUUGAUCGUUUCUUGACUGGUGUCAGACCUCAAGAGUACUACUUCCACGCCAUGGCUGGAAGAGAAGGUCUGAUCGAUACCGCUGUCAAGACUUCUAGAUCCGGUUACCUGCAGAGAUGUCUGAUCAAGGGUAUGGAGGGUCUCAAAUCUGAAUACGACACUACUGUUCGCGAUGCCGAUGGUUCCAUCAUUCAAUUCAUCUAUGGUGAAGAUGGUCUCGAUGUUGGCAAGGCCAAGUAUUUGUCCGAUUUCAAGUUCAUUGCUGAGAACCACAUGUCCAUGUUCCACAACCUUGGCAUCAAAUCAGAGUUCGGUCGCAUUAUGAGCACCGAGGCUGCUGAAUACAACAAGACCGCUGAGAAGAAGUACAGAAAGACUGGUGACCUUGGAGCUAGCGACCCAGCCUUGUCCGUUUACUCACCUGCCCGCUUCGCUGGUAGCACUUCUGAGAAGCUCAUGCGCGACGCUAAGAAGUACAUUGACGAAAACCCUGACAAGCUCAUCAAGGACAAGAAGCGCAACCUCGAGGGCGUUUCUGGACUGACCAAGAAGAGUCUCCAGGCCAUCAUUGACGUGAGAUACCUCAAGUCGAUCGUCGAGCCUGGUGAGGCUGUUGGUGUUGUUGCUGGUCAGUCAGUCGGUGAACCCUCGACACAGAUGACGCUCAACACCUUCCAUUUGGCUGGUCACGCCGCGAAGAACGUCACACUUGGUAUUCCUCGUCUUCGUGAAAUCGUCAUGACUGCCAGUGCCACUAUCGCCACACCUACCAUGACUCUGCACGUCAACCCUGAAAUCCCCAAGGAAGAGAGUGAACAAUUUGCCAAGGGUAUCAGCAGACUCAGUCUUGCCGAGGUUCUCGACAAGGUCACAGUCACAGAGAAGAUUGGAAAGGGUGUCGCAUACGAGCAAGCAAAGUCCUACACAGUCCGCCUGCAAUUGUUCCCCUCCGAUGAUUACACCAAUGAAUACGCUAUCACUGUUGAGGACGUUGCUCGCACCAUCGAGACCAAGUUCUUGCCUAGACUCCAGGCUGUCGUGCGCAAGGAGCUCAAGAAGAAGGGUGAUCAAAAGACCCUCAAGAAAUCCGACGCAAUGCCUGAGAUUGGUCAAUCUGCUGGUACUAUAGAGCAGGAGCAAGGUCGUCNNCUGAGGGGUGAACGCGAGGGUGGAGAUGAUGACUCUGACGAUGAAGGAGAUGACGAUGCCACUCGUGACAAGGCCAAGUCGAACAAGACACAAGGCGGCUACGAUGCUCCUGACGACGAUGAGGCAGACAUUGUUGCUCGUGGUCGUCGCGAGACUACUCCGGAAGAUCAAGAGGAUGAAGGCUUUGUUGGCAGCCCCAACACUUCCGACGAUUCUGAUUCGGAGAUGGACGACUCAGAAGCCAAUGUCAAGAAGGUCGCGUACAACUCGAAGGAGCGCGAAGAGCGUAUCAAGAGCAGCAAGUACACUAAUGAUGUGUCUGCUUUCAAGUUUGACGACAAGACUGGCGCAUCAUGCUCAUUCACUAUUGAGUACGCUGCAGAGACUGCCAAGCUUCUCAUGCUCAACUUGGUUGAGAACUGCGCUCGCGACGCUCUCAUUCAAUCAAUUCCUGGUCUUGCCGGCUGUAUGCUGACACAGGACAAGUACAAGGAUCCCAGCACUGGCAAAGAGACCGACGUUGAUGUGAUCAUGACUGAGGGUGAGAACCUUAUGGCCAUGCGCACCCACCAGGGCGUCUUGAACCCCAACCGUUUCUUCACCAAUGAUAUCGCUGCCAUGCUCCGCCUGUACGGUGUUGAAGCUUGCCGUGCGUCUAUCGUGCGUGAGGUGUCCGCUGUCUUCGGUGGUCACGGUAUCAGUGUCGACCAGCGUCACUUGAACCUCAUCGCCGAUUACAUGACCCGUGGUGGUGGCUACCAGGCCUUCUCUCGUCAAGGCAUCAAGGGCAACACUUCGCCUUUCAUGAAGAUGAGUUUCGAGACCACUGUUGGCUUCCUUCGCGACGCAGUCAUGGAGGAAGACUUUGAUGACCUUAGCGGUCCUUCCGGACGCAUCGUCGUCGGCAAGAUUGGAAGAAUCGGUACUGGUGGCUUCGAUGUUAUGAUGCCUGUGCUCCAGGUUUCAAAUCCUACUCACGAAGAUGCCGAGGAAAACGGCGAUGUCAUGGCCGUUGACCAAAGCAGUGAAAGUGAGGAGGAGAGUGACGACGAGUAG